UUUAAUCUCUCCUGAGAGAGAGAGACCUGGACAGAUGGGGGACCUGGACCGGGACCAGGACCUGGACCGGCCCCGGAGGACCCGGAGACUCGGGAGCAUCACGACCAGGUCCCGGGUCUCCAAGGAGACCAAGCUCCGGCUGCGCGUGGUCUUCCUGGACGACAGCGAUCGCACGUUCGAGGUGGAGCAAAAGGUUUUAGGAGGCGACUUCUUCAACAAAGUGUGUGGUCAUCUGAAGCUGCUGGAGAAAGAGUACUUUGGCCUGGAGUUCAGACACCACGGCGGCAACUACGUGUGGUUGGAGCUGCUGAAGCCGCUGGCCAAACAGAUUAAAUACACCAACGAUCUGUUCUUCAGGUUUAUAGUAAAGUUCUUUCCACCAGAUCCUGGACAACUAAAGAGAGGCCUCACCAGGUAUCUUUUUGCCUUACAGAUAAAGCAGGACUUGUCUAACGGCAGUCUGACCUGUAAUGACAACAGCGCCACCCUGCUGGUCUCUCACAUACUGCAGGCAGAGCUAGGGGACUUUGACGAGGAGCUGGACGCUCACCAUUUAGAGAUGAAGCAGUACGUCCCCAACCAGGAAUAUCUAGACCACAAGAUCAUCAAGUUUCACAAGAAACACAGAGGCGUGUCCCCAGGAGACUCCGACAUCCACCUUCUGGAGGUGGCGAGGAAGCUGGACAUGUACGGCAUCAGGCCUCACCCCGCUCACGACGGGGAGGGAAUGAGGAUCAACCUGGCUGUCACACACUCUGGAGUACUGGUCUUUCAGGGAAACACCAAAAUCAACACAUUCAGCUGGGCGAAGAUCCGCAAGCUGAGCUUCAAGCGCAAACACUUCCUCAUCAAACUCCACGACAAAGUCGGGCCAUCGUGUAAGGACACACUAGAGUUAUCCAUGGCCAGUCGAGAUGUGUGCAAGUCCUUCUGGAAGACGUGUGUGGAGUACCACGCCUUCUUCAGGCUGGCCGAGGAACCCAAGACGAUGCACAAAACACUGCUGUCCUGUAAAGGCUCCAGCUUUAGAUACAGCGGACGGACGCAGAAACAGCUGCUGGAGUGUAUGGGAUCAGGGGAGAAGAAGCCUUCGCACUUUGAGAGGACUUACUGUCAGUCAGACCACGAUCCCAGACAGUGUCGCUCUUCUCCUGAUCUCCUCACGGACGUCUCCAAACAGUUCUAUGAGCACUCCCACCCGUUCACCCGGUCGGGUCAUGCCUUGGCGGUCUACAGUCAGGAUGAGUUGGACCCACAUCACCGAGGCGUAGACAACAUCGAAAUCGGUGGAGGAGGAGCUAAACGCAGCCAAUCAUCCGUGGAGGUCACCCAGAGGACCCGCCCUCUCACCCAAGUCUCCCCCCUCUCUCCAUCUCUACACCCAUCAACCCCCUCGCCCAAGAUACGAUCUGCCUCCACAUCUGUGAUGGACGACAUGAGAGGAGGGCGGAUCGGGGCUCAGCGCCAAGCCCAACGGCUAGCCGGCGUCUACGGCAACCGGUCGCGGCGUCGCCCCAAUCCCCAGCCGCACCCGGACGCCGCUCAGCAGCUGGUUCUUCUCUACCCAAACAGUCCCGCCUACCAGUAUCACCCCGUCCUCCCAACGUUCCCGUUCGCCGGAUCCUCGCCUCUCAACCGACACCCCUACUUGUCGGACUACGUCACCGUUUCCUCGCUGGAGCGUUUCCCGCAGGCGAGGAGGCAGGAUUAUGUGACGAUGGACGGCCUAUCGCGGCCGCUUUUCUAUCCGCGGAGCCAUGAUUCGCCGUCGCUCUCGCCAAUCAGGAGGAGCCUCCGCCCCUCUGGCUCAGGCGGGCUGGGAUUGGCUCGGGUUUACCAUCCGGGAAGCAACGGAGCGAGGCUCUUGGGCGUUGGACAUACAGAGGCGGGGCAUUACAGCGACGACUCCAACUUCCUCCCGGGGCUGCCUCGCCGCGUCGCUAGCCAACCAGAUGUCAAGUUUCACCUCUCGAGGAGUUCUAACCCCGGUUUUAACCCCGCCUCCGAGUUCCGUCCCCUUGGUUACUACCCUCACCUGACACGCCCCUCCAGACCCAACUACCUCCCGCUGAACUCCUCGCCUCUGCCCGAUCGGCCCACCUCGCUAUGCAUGAUCGGAGGCACCACGGGAAGCUACAGUGACUCGGACCCGGAGGUCUUCUAUCCGUACUACUGCCCUCCACCCCCGCUGGGGACAGUGGUACGGCCCGCUGGACUAGCCAGGAUGAGGUUCUCCUCUGGGAGCCUCCAACUGGACGAGGAGGAGGAGGGGGAGGAAGAGGAUGGCGCAGCAAAAAAAGAGUUGAAGGGUGAGAGAGAAAAGACCGAGACUAAAGGUGCUGCAAAGAUUACUCAAGUCACGCUGUAGAUAAUAACAAAAGGUUCAAGAUGUGAUCACACUCAACACUGGCAGGAUGGGUUUUAAAAUGUGAUGGCUUCAUAUGUAUGAGAAGUGUGUUGGUUUUGAGGUGUACUGGCAGAUGAAAUGUACUGUUUAUGCCUUGUUUUAGCGAAAACCUCAGCUUCUUUGGUAGCCACAUUACGGGUACAAGCUAGCAAAUUUGUAAAAAAAAUAUAUGUGCCCCUCCGAGCUGACCAUCAAAGGUCCAACAAAUUGUAAUAUCCUCGGCCUAACCCACCUGAUUUACAGUCUAUUACAAUUUUCAUAUCUAGCCAAUCAGUUCGAUCAGUUAUACAUCAGACCGGCCAUACGUUAUCCAGAGUAGGCUCGUAUGGCCACGCCCCGUUUUGGGGAAAUUACAAUCCAAACAUACGUCAAAUUGCAUUGAAGUCUAUGGGAUCUUUGGUUUUCUAUUCCCCAAAAGGGGGCGUGGCCUUGACUUUUUGCAAAGUAUCCGUAUGUGUCGGUCUAAUCUAUCAAAUUAAUUCAAAUUUUUAUUUCCGCAUGUGUAAAAUGUCAACACUGUGAAAAUCGAGUUACCACGAGAUGCACAAAAAGGUUAGUCAAGAGUUAUAGUGCGCUACAUCAGGUG